UGUUUACAACAGCUAAAUGCGAGUGUGAUAUUUUUGUGACGUUGCAUUCCUUCUGCAGAAUUCCAGAUGCUGGCACACUCUAUGCCACAUUGCCUACACUCAACCUCUGUUGCCUAGCAUCACAAUAGGUCCCCAACAGUGCUGUUCUUAAAUUUACAGCCUGAAAAGCCUGUAGUCACCCAGGUAACCAUGAAGCACUGUGACAACGUCUUAGAAAAUGGCUCCUAAACAAAAAAUGCAGAAUUACUGAUCCAAUGAUUGAUUGAGUGGAUGAUUGUGCAACUUUUCCCAGUGCAUUUCUGUUUUAUUUGUGUAAUGCUUUUUACAGAGACAUUGUCACAACCAUACAUUUACAGAAAAGCAGGAAAUAGGAAAAUUGGGAAGCUUGGGAAUCUUGAACCUCCAAAAAAGCCAACUCCUCAGUGGGAAGAACACAAAGCAGUCAAACAGUGUGGAGGGAUAAGCCAGAUGGGUCCCACCCAAACGCCACCCGCACCCGUGGAAUUCUGCCGCUGAACGUUACCAGGUUGGCUGACUUUUUCCAGUCAUCAAGUUCAAAAGCCUCCAUGUUCCUUAAAGCUAAUGACUCCAGAGAGCAGACCAUGGGACAGGUUCAGUGGGAAGAAGUGCAGCACUCCCAGGGCGCGGCCCUGGAGGGGGGCGGCAGGUGGAUCCGCGUGGACGAGGCGGGGCUGUACCUGCUCUUCGUUCAGGCGGUGUACAAGCUGAACCCGGCAGCCGUGCCGGCGGGCGUCAGGGCCGGGGCGGUGACCCUGGAGUUCCAGGUGCUGCUGGAGUACCGGGAGCAGGACGUGGUGCAGAUGUCCUCCGUGUUCGACACGCACUGCUGGGGCCUGAAGGAGACUGACGUGACCCUGAGCCAGGCCGUCCUCCUCCAGGUGGCGGCUGGGGAUCGCAUCGCCGUCAACGCCAGCCACCGCCACCUUAUGGACUACCACGCCAAACCCCUCUCCAGCUUCCUCACCCUACUGAAAUACUCCAACACUGACCACUGAAUAUGCUCCUAGGAUAGCACUCCUAAUACGGAGACAGAUUACGUCUGGUGAUGUAGUUGUAUUGUCCAUGAACCUCGUAUCUCCCAUUUAUUGUCGUUUAGAUUUAUUAACACACGUUGAAAGUUCUCGUCCAGCUAUAUUUUUACUGAACCCUCAUCUUGUCCUCUUUCACGGUUUUGAUCUGAUCUGGGCUUAAGGUUCAGUUACUAGUAUUUCCACAACUGAUACUUUCUCUUAUUGGAAUGGAUUUGAAUGGAAUGUGUAGGCUAUUAUUAUUAUUAUUAUUAUUAUUAUUAUUAUUGUUAUUGUUAUUAUUAUUAUUAUUCAUUCAUUAAUUGUUAUUUUAUUGUAGAUGUUAUCGGGGCUCUGAUGCCAUUUAAUGUAAAGUGAAACAAAAGCAGCUGUUAUAUUUUAUUAUACUAUUUAAAUGUCUUUCAGUUUGAUUGUCCAGUUUGAAGCUAUUUUUAAGCAUGUCAUUUUUAAGAUUUGUCAUCAUAAGAGUUAGGGUUAGGGUGUCUAAUGCAACACAUCACUGUUACAAAAUCUUUAAUAUUUGCAAUGGAAAGGUCACAACAUAAAGAACAUUAAAUUAACAAUUUGUAAAGCUUCAGUUCUGUUAUGAUUUUAAAUUCCUCCACACUUUAAGUUUUGACUUGCAUUGUACAUAUCACUGUAUGGGGUGUCAUUAAAUUUGCUGGCAGCAGACAAUUAUUUCAUUUCAUAGGCUACUUUCUUACACUGCAUGCCACAGUACAGAAUUGCAACUGUGAUGUGAAUUUAAAAAAAAAAAAUGGAAUCACGAAAGUGAAUAUGCUUGGGUUUUGGUUCCCAGUGUGUGAUAUUUUUGACUUAUUGACUAAAUUUUUGAGGGUACACUUCCUCAUUUGAGUUCCAGUGUGUGGUUUCGAUUUGUAUGCUUUUGAUUUGGUACGGUGAAGGAUAUUUUACAUAUUCACAGACGUUUCUAAUGACGUAGCCUUGUUUCCAAUGGCUGGCAUUUGACGGUUUGUGGGAUAAAGCAAUAAAAUGUCUGUAUUUGACUCCAAA